CCUUUCUGUAUGCCAUCUCGUGUGUUUGCUUGCUCGUGCAUUGAGGGGACCCGAGUCCCGAUGUGCGUUUGAUAAAUAUAAUGCGGUGAAGUGAAACGUGUCCUGGGCGCGGCGAUUCCGGCAGAAGGAAAGAAGAGAAGCCUAGUAAGCUGGCCGGCAUGUGCACGCAGUCCUGUCGCGGCACUACUGCUGCUGUCAUUUUGGCAAUGUUCCUCUGCCGGAUUUGCUCCGCCGAGGAGCAGCCGGGUUCCUCUAGUGGACCCGGUCUCCUGGAAUCUUGCAACGUCACUGCCGACGGACGGGAGUUUUCCUGUCGUGGGGCUGGCUUCUUGUCCAUCCUGGAGCCUCUUGAUGUCAUUGUACUUCCACCCACUGUUAAUCUUACAAAACUAGACCUAACAAGCAACAACAUAACAAACAUUCCAGCCCGUGCCUUUCAUCGAAUUAUCAAUCUUGAAGUGUUAUUACUUCGACGAAAUCGUUUACACACGAUCGCCGACGAUGCAUUUACGAACUUAACGAGCCUUCGAGUAUUGGAGCUCGAUGACAAUUAUUUAACAAAAAUUCCAACCGCGAUCGUAAAGCUCUCUGGCCUUGAAGACCUGUCCCUGUCGAACAACCGGAUCGAAACACUGGAGGAGCACGUUUUCCAACGUAUCUCUAAUCUACUCUCCCUCGAUCUACGGGGAAAUCCUAUCAAGGAAAUACACCAGAACACUUUCCAAAAUCUACAGAAACUUCGUAAACUGAUCCUUUCGAAUUUGAAAGAAUUACGGAUAUUCCCGAAUCUAAACGGAACAAAAUCUUUGGAAGUAUUAAGAUUAGAUCGUGCACAAGUGACAAAUGUUCCAACAAAUUUAUGCGAACAAUGUCCAAAAUUGAAAAGUCUUGAUAUGAAAUCGAAUUUUUUAACAAAAGUGCCAAAACUACGAAAUUGCAGCGGCCUACGAGUUUUGGAUCUAACCAGUAACAUGAUUCCGUCGUUGCCAGAUGAGCCAUUCAAAGGUCUGAAUAUGUUGCACGACCUGCUUCUAUCAAACAACAAGUUGCAAGUGAUCCCUAGUGACGCGUUCACCGGUUUGUCGAGGCUGCAAGUGUUGGAUCUAGAGAGCAAUUACAUCGAGUACAUACACCCUGACGCGUUUAAAGAGACGAAACAUUUAGAGGAUUUAAAUCUCGGGAAUAACGUGUUUCCGGCACUGCCAACGCUAGGACUAUCCGGCCUAUUGCACCUUAAGACGUUCAACAACCCAGCACUAAGGGAAUUCCCAGCACCUGAAAGAUUUCCACGUGUGCAAACGAUGGUACUGUCGUAUGCUUAUCACUGUUGCUCGUUUCUGUCAAUCGAGGUGGAGGAUCCGGUAACGAAAUCCUCCGUUCAAGAGUCUAUCCUGUUCCCCACUGACAAUGACUUCGAUAUGAGCCUGUGGAACUCGAGCUUCACCGAUAUCUGGCCACAGCUCAAUAACAUGACCGACAAAUUUGGCUCGCAAAUAAAUGAACUUUGGGCUAACUUUGGUUCAGAUUUUACGUACCCUGGUAACCUGCCCUCAUAUGUUGAGGAUUAUUUUGAUGAGCAGAACAGCCGAGCUACGCUGCCAGCUCAGACACUGCCUUCUCACGUACAGUGUCUACCCCAACCUGGUCCUUUUCUGCCAUGCCAAGAUCUCUUUGACUGGUGGACUCUUCGUUGCGGUGUGUGGGUAGUAUUUCUGCUCGCUAUGCUUGGAAAUGGAACCGUAGUAUUUGUGUUAAUAUUCUCCAGAAGCAAGAUGGAUGUUCCUCGAUUUCUAGUUUGCAAUCUUGCGGCAGCAGACUUUUUCAUGGGCAUUUAUCUAGGUCUACUAGCGGUGGUGGACGCUUCGACGUUAGGAGAAUUCCGGAUGUAUGCCAUACCGUGGCAAACUUCCGCUGGAUGUCAGCUAGCCGGCUUCCUAGGCGUUCUUAGUUCCGAAUUAAGCGUAUAUACGUUAGCAGUGAUUACUCUAGAAAGGAACUAUGCCAUAACGCAUGCUAUGCACCUAAACAAGAGACUUUCCCUCAAACAUGCAAGUUAUAUAAUGACUGUAGGAUGGUGUUUCGCUCUAUCAAUGGCAAGCUUGCCCCUAGUAGGCGUAUCGGAUUACAGAAAGUUUGCUAUAUGUUUGCCAUUUGAGACUAAUGGAAAUGCAGCGUUGGCAUACGUAAUCUUUCUAAUGUUGAUCAACGGAGUCGCAUUUCUCAUACUAAUGGGAUGCUAUCUGAAGAUGUACUGUGCGAUCAGGGGCUCUCAAGCAUGGAACUCGAAUGAUUCUCGAAUUGCCAAGAGGAUGGCUCUGCUGGUAUUCACCGACUUCCUCUGCUGGUCCCCCAUAGCGUUCUUCUCGUUGACUGCCACGUUUGGGUUGCAGCUGGUGUCACUCGAACAGGCGAAAGUGUUCGCUGUAUUCGUGCUACCAUUGAACUCCUGUUGUAACCCAUUUCUGUACGCCAUCUUGACCAAACAGUUCAAGAAAGAUUGUGUACUUAUUUGCAAAGCGAUCGAGGAGUCCAGGGUGACCAGGGGGAUCGGCAGAUGCCGGCAUAGCUCUAACUUCAGCAACAGACAGACUCCCGUAAACACGAACAGUCUGGUGGACAGGUCAUCGCGAGAGAAUCAAACACCCUGUGCGUGUAACUCGAGAUUACUUGAAACUAGCCAAUAUUCUGGCUACCGUCGAUGGGGUACCAGGAUACUAUGGCCCUGCGCCAGGGAUACGAGACCCAGACACGCACGUAACGACCAGUACGCUUAUCAGAUUGCAGAAAUCCAACAAAAACAACAUAAACGAGCCUCAUCUGUAUCAUCCAGUGAAAACUUCUCCUCAUCUAGAUCGGAUUCUUGGAGACAAACGCAUCAUUGUGGUAUUCCAUUGAGAUUACUGGAUCCUAAACGGAGAGCUUCUUCGUGGUUGAUUACCAGAAAACCAUCACAAGACUCGAACCUCAGUUCCUCCAGAAAUGAUUCCUCCGGUUCUGCUACCACUGCCAGCACCAGUACCUGGAGAAUUUCGAGAUCUAGUGCAUCUCUAGAGGUAACUGCAAGAAACACUCCUAGACCAGCUAGGUCGAAGCCAAGACUGACUCGUCAGCUGGCCAUUCAGGAGCCAGAACCACCUGGAUCACCAAGUAGGUUAGCUGUCAGACUCCUAGCAACUAUACCCUCUGCCGCAGAGACCAGUGACCAGCAAGAAGACGAUAAUACACCACAGAAUUGAAUAAUUUUGCGCGUACCUCGGUUUAUUAGAAAUUAGAGUCGAUUAUAAUAGACUAAAAGUAUGGGUCUUGUUGCUCCCGAACAUUUUCAGUAUUAAGUAUCCUCUAAGAGAGGUGUGAGAAGGGGAAGGAUCACCCAGUACAUUGAUGAUUCUCAUUGUCGUAUGUUUGAGAUUAUAUGA